AAAAAAUCACACCGUUUCGGUAAAGAAAAUAGUUCGUAAACGGCGUGAAAAUAACCUUCCCAAAUUAAGGAAUCCCAUCCCGCACCCCUUGUAGCCAGCGGCAAAUAGGCGAGCCUUUGACUCCGUCUGCAAUCCAGCAUCCCGGUGCGUAAAUUACUCCUGAACGAUGGCAACACAAACUGCCUCGACGGCCGGCAGCGGUAGCGGUAAACCAAAAGAAAAGAAAAGUCAAGAGGAUAUCUAUGCCGAAUUCCAGCAGCUGCGAAAUCAACAGCGAAAUUUGGUUAAUAAUCUAAGCACCAUCGAGAUGGAUUUCAAAGAGCACAAAACCGUGAUUGAUACAUUGAAAACAGUCGAAUCUAGUCGAAAAUGCUUCCGAUUAAUUGGCGGUGUGCUAGUCGAGCAGACGGUCGAAGUCGUCCUGCCGCAGCUGGAACUGAACAAAGGACAACUGGAGAAGCUGAUCGAUGAAGGCAAGGAACAGAUCACGAAGAAGGGACUGGAGAUCAAUCAGUUUAAAGAGGAAAACAAUAUUAAAAUGCGAGGCCAAGAACCGACUCAAUCGGCGGCCAGCGAAAAGGAAGACGCAAGCGAGGAAAAACCUACCACCAACAGAAACGUACUGGUGGGCAACUUAUAGAUGGUUGCGAGAGCCGCGUGUUUCCUCUCCCGUCCGAUCAGCUGGCUAGCUUUUGUUUCCUGUUUAAUCCCCAACCGCAUUCAUUAUAUCAUGUAUUUCUGUACCGUUUGCUUGCGGCGGCAACGUUACACCAGCACGGCGAUGAUGUGCAACAGAUCAUUACUUAACGCAUGAUCAUGAAGACAACAUUUACACCACAUCUUAUCCCAAAGGCUUGAGCAGGCCCGCCGAAACGAUAUGGCGGCAAAAAUGAUCGCAUGCUGUGCAAUUUCCUUACUCGUUGGAAUCCUCCUCGUUCACGGAUCGGCUCGUGCUUUGCUGCUCUCACGGAGACGAAAACAAAAAUCACCAGGUGUUGUUCUUGAUUGUUACUUUAAGGUCGCCUAACGAGCUAAUGAAAACCAUUGAACAAAAGAGAAGA